CUUUUAGAAGUAGUUUCGAAUAGCUCCAGAUAGCCGUACCCCUAUAACACACAAGCUAAAAUGUACUUACAUCAGUUCGACUAUAUCUUUGCCAUCGGUAUGCUCUUCGCAUUCUUGGAUGCUUGGAAUAUCGGUGCUAACGAUGUCGCCAACUCCUUUGCAUCCUCCGUCUCCUCCAGAUCCUUGAAGUACUGGCAAGCCAUGAUCUUGGCAGCACUUUGUGAGUUAUUGGGUGCCGUUUUGGCUGGUUCAAGAGUCUCUGAUACUAUCAGAAACAAGAUUGUCGACGUCACUAUUUUCAAGAACGACCCUGCCUCUCUUAUGAUCACCAUGGCCUGUGCUUUGGUUGGUUCUUCCGUGUGGUUGAGUAUCGCUACAUCGAUCGGUAUGCCAGUUUCCACCACCCACUCUAUUGUUGGUGCUGUCAUUGGUUCUUCCAUUGCUGCCAAGGGUGGUCAACACAUCCAUUGGGGAUGGAGCGGUGUUUCUCAAAUCAUUGCUUCAUGGUUCAUUGCCCCUAUCUUGGCCGGUUGUUUCGCAACCAUUGUUUUCCUUAUCUCGAAGUUCUUUGUUUUGGACAUCAAGGACUCUAGAAGACAAUUGAGACACUCUAUGUUGUUAGGUCCUGUCUUAGUCUUUGUUGCUUUUGCUAUCUUGACCAUGUUGAUUGUCUGGAAAGGUUCUCCAAAGUUGGGAUUGAGCAAUUUGCCAACCGGAACCAUCUUGGCUGCCAUCUUCGGUACUGCUGCAGUUGCCAUGGGUGUCUACAUACUUUUCCUCUUCCCUUACUACAGAAGAAAGCUUGUCCAUGAAGAUUGGACCUUAAAAUGGUAUGAUAUCUUCAGAGGUCCAAUCUUCUUCUUCAAGUCCACUGACGACAUUCCUCCAAUGCCAGAAGGACAUGAAUUGACCAUCGAUUACUACGAAGGUAGAAGAUACGACGAGGCUGGUAACAGAAUCGCCUUACGUACUUCGAAGAAUACUCCUGUCGAACAAGCCACUGCAUCAAUUGAAUCUUCCGACCUCGAAAAGAAGGAUGGCGAUGUCGUUGAAAAUGGUGACAUCGUUGAAAAAAUUGAACCAGUUGAAGAAAAGAAGCAAACCACAAGGCAAUUGUGGUGGUCACUUCUUAAGCAACCUUCCAAAUGGCCAUACUUGUUGUGGUUGGUACUCUCUCAUGGUUUCACUCAAGAUGUUAUCAACAACCAAAACAAACAAGAUAUGUUGACAGGUGACUUGUCUGGUAUGCAUCAAAGAUCCAAGUACUACCCUAACAAGAUUGAAUACAUGUACUCUAUCUUGCAAGCCAUCACUGCAGGUACCAUGUCCUUUGCUCACGGUUCCAACGAUAUUGCUAACGCUGCUGGUCCAUUAUCUACUAUCUACCUUAUCUGGACCACCAACAAGGUGGAUUCUAAGGCUCCAGUCCCCUUGUGGGUUCUUGGUUACACUGCUGCUGCCUUAGUUAUCGGAUGUUGGACUUACGGUUACAGAAUCAUGGCCAACUUGGGUAACAAGUUGAUUUUGCAAUCGCCAUCUAGAGGUUUCUCUAUUGAAUUGGGAGCUGCUGUUACCACCGUUAUUGCCUCUCAAUUAGCCAUCCCAGUCUCCACCACCCAAUCUGCAGUUGGUGCUACUGUCUUCAUUGGUUUAUGUAACAUGGAAUUGAAGACUGUCAACUGGAGAAUGGUUCUCUGGUGUUACUUGGGUUGGAUUUUUACCUUGCCAUGUGCUGGUUUGAUUGCCGGUCUCAUCAAUGGUAUUAUCAUCCACGCUCCAAGAUUGGGCGCUCAAUACGAAUUGUCUUAGGUUACUUUCAGCUCUAAUUUUCAGUUAGGAGUAAAACACUACAAUCGCUACAUUCCUUUAUUUCGUAAGAUGCAGAUAUUUAAUUAGUCAGUUAGUUAAGCAUAUUUAAUAUUUAAGAAGUUACCAUUUG